GGGCUCCACGUCAUCUGGCAAGGCAGUGGGCACCGAGUCACCAGGCACGACAGUGGGCUCCGAGUCAACUGGCAUGACCGCGGGCACUGGGUUAGACAUUGGAUCGUCUGGCCCGACAGCGGGCAUCGGGUCACCAGGCAUGACAGCGGGCACUGCGUCAUGAGGCAUGGGAUUGUCUGGCUCGACAGCGGGCAUCGGGUCACCAGGUAUGACAGCGGGCACUGGGUCACCAGGCAUCAGGUCAUUUGGCUCGCCAGCGGGCACCGCGUCAUCUGGCAAGGCAGUGGGCACCGAGUCACCAGGCACGACAGUGGGCACUGGGUCAGACAUUGGAUCGUCUGGCCCGACAGCGGGCAUCGGGUCACCAGGCAUGACAGCGGGCACUGGGUCAUCAGGCAUUGGAUCCUCUGGCUCGACAGCGGGCAUCGGGUCACCAGGCAUUGGAUCGUCUGGCUCGACAGCGGGCACUGGGUCAUCAGGCAUGAU